AUGUCCGCCGUAUAUAUACGAAAAACGACUGAAAUAGACGAUUUUCUCAAAAAAUACAUUGUAUAUUACACAUCAAAACAUCUUCAAACACAUUCCCAAAUAGAUGAAGUUAAAAAUCGCAAACAAGACCCUAUCAAAGAAAAAACUCCUGUGGAUGAAAUGCUAAACUCUGACACAAUAAAUUUGGAUAAAUUACUUGAACUUGUUAGCGAAUAUUCUAAAUGGAAAGGAGACACUGUCAUUACUGUAAAUGAUUUACUUAAAAAUACCACUAUAAUGAAUCGCAUUGAAUUACCUAGACCAGAAAAUGUGGAUGAUAACAAGAUUUUUGAGGAACAGCGCUACCAAAGGUUGAUUUCAAAAUUUAAACCUAAGGCUAAUGAGAAGGUAUUACCACCUCUAGGAAUAGGACUGAAUGCGAUAAUGACUGUAGUUAUGACCUUCAUUGGAGCAUUUUAUUUGGCAGUGAACCAUGCAAAAAUGGGAUUGGUAAUGAGCGUUUCAGUAGCAUUGGUAGUUUCAUUCAUUGCUAUUACUGUCGAAUGUAUUCUGUUCAUCAUGAAAUUCUAA